GCCGUCCCCUUACUAUCCCACAUUGCCAUCACUCACUAAAACAAUACCAAAAUGGCCGCCGCAGAUGUUAUGGAGCAGCCUGAAGAGAUCAGGGCAUCGUCCUAUGUCGGCUUCGAUAGCAUUACCGACCAAAUCAAGCACAGGCUGGUCAAGCGUGGCUUCCAGUUCAAUGUCAUGGUUGUUGGUCAGACGGGUCUUGGGAAGUCGACAAUGAUCAACACAAUCUUUGCGAGCCAUCUCAUCGACUCUAAAGGAAGGUUUGAAGCAGAUGAGCCCAUAAGGCAGACAACGGAGAUCGUCACCAACUCCCAUGUGAUCACUGAAAACGGUGUGAAGCUGCGGUUGAACAUCGUUGAUACGCCUGGAUACGGCGAUCAGAUCAACAAUGAGGGAUGCUGGGACCCCAUCGUCAAGUACAUCAAGGACCAGCACUCCCUUUAUCUUCGAAAGGAGCUCACUGCCAUGCGUGACAAGUAUAUUCUGGACACUCGUAUUCACUGCUGCCUCUACUUCAUCAACCCGACUGGCCAUGGACUCCGACCGGUUGACGUAAUCGUCAUGAAGAAGCUGAGCGAGGUUGUGAAUGUGGUGCCUGUGAUUGCCAAGGCAGAUUCACUCACUAUGGACGAGAGGUUGAAGUUCAAGAAGCGGAUCCGGGAGGAGUUGGCAUACCACAGCAUCAAGCUCUUCCCCUUCCAGAGCGAUGAGUAUGACGAGGAUGAGGAGAAAGAGAACCAGAUGAUCCGCGACAUGAUCCCUUUCGCUGUUGUCGGAUCCGAACGCAACGUCAUCCUCGAUGGCAAGUCUGUCCGUGGCCGUAAAAACCGCUGGGGCGUGAUCAACAUCGAAGAUGAUAAGCACUGCGAGUUCGUGUACCUGCGCAACUUCCUCACACGUACCCACCUGCAAGACUUAAUCGAGACAACUGCUCAGCUCCACUACGAGGCGUUCCGCAGCAAGCAGCUGCUCGCACUCAAGGAUGCAUCCAACAGGAAUGCCCCGUCGACCACUACACAGUCGUAAUUUCUCUUUCGUACUGCUAUAUCCAGCUAGUCGCGUUUCACGCGGGUAUCUUGUGCGAACUAUUCCCUCUAAAACCGGGUCCCAGAUACCUCGUUCCUUCGUCCUUCCUUGUUCGUGUAGUUCUUCUGCCUGCGGCGGUCAAUAUGAUACCAUUCCUUCU